AUGAUGCUGGCAGUGGGGGGACCAUUGCGUGAGUUCUUUAUCAGUCCAGGAGAUGCAAGGAUCAUGGGUCUGGAACCAGGGAAAUCCAAGGAUGAACUGGUUAGCAGUCUGAUCACUGAGCAUUUCUCCUGUCCAGAGAGAUCUGUAUCUCCUGCAGUUUAUAUCUUACUGUACGUGUGUUCUGCUGCUGUGGUUCUGCUAACAGUGUGUGGAAAUCUGCUGGUCAUCAUCUCUGUUCUUCACUUCAAGCAGCUUCACACACCAACUAACAUGCUUCUUCUCUCUCUGGCUGUGUCAGAUUUCCUUGUCGGCGCUUUAAUCAUGCCUCCAGUGUUCAUUUGGACAAUGGAGUCCUGCUGGAUUAUGGGAUCAAUGUAUGUUUGGUCGACUGCUGGAUUUCUCAUGGCUUUAUCCAUAUAUAACGUUGUUCUGAUCGCUUUUGAUCGGUGUUUAGCUCUCUUUAACCCAUUUCUUUACCUGAACAAAGUCUCUGUGAGAAAAAUGUGUGUAGUAAUAUUUUGUAAUUGGUGUAUGGUGCUAGGGUAUGACUUGGCACUCAUAUAUGUCAAUGGAAACUUAACAAGACCUGAAAUGUGUCCUGGGGAAUGUUUAUUCAUCCUGGAUGAGGUUUUGUCCACAAUUGAUCUUGUAGUAACAUUCAUAUUUCCACUUUCUGUCAUAAUCAUAUUGUAUACUCAAGUUUUUGUGAUUGCUAAGAAACAUGCCACUGCUAUCAGAGAGCUUAAUAAUCACACACGACCUAAAACACAGAAAAUCACCUCACACUCCAUGAAAUCUGAGAGAAAAGCAGCUAAAGUCCUCGGCAUUUUAGUGUCUGUGUUUCUGAUGUGUUUACUUCCAUGUUAUAUUUACUGUUUAUUAGGUGAUAUUAUCGAACUACAGGCAGAAACAUUUCAGAAAGUCACAAUCGUGUUUUGUCUUAAUUCCACCAUUAAUCCAGUUAUUUAUGCUCUGUUUUACCCGUGGUUCAGGAGGUGUGUUAAAUUAAUUAUAACUCUGCAAAUAUUCCAAACAGACUCUGCGUUAAUCAAUGUUCUUUCAUAAAAGGCUUUUUUCACCUUUAUUCCCUACACACACACACACACACACAUACA